CANCGAGACAAGAGCGCUCUUGUAGAAGCAUACAAGUUGAUUUUAUAUUAUAAUUAAUUUAUUACUUUUUAUAGUCUCGAUUUGCAUGCAACCUAUUUUGCUACUACCUUAUUCUGAAAAUAAAAACUAAUCCCACUAUCUAACAGUCUCCAUUUACUCAUUUCUAUUUUAAGAACUCACGUAAUAUUUACUAUCCUCGACGUCAUUUUGUUUAACAUCCGCAACUUGAGUUAACUAUCGUUAGAAAGGAACCAAACGGAACUACUUUUUAAAUCGUACUUUUAUUUCUUCUUCAAAAAUCGGAAUUCUUAUAACGAAAACUCUACAAAAUGCUAGUCCUUUCGGUUUUUAAGUGAUUCGUAUAACAAUUAGGAGUCAAUUAAAUGAAAAAACAAAAAUUGUACGACGAGGAUGGGAUUCGAACCCACGCGUGCAGAGCACAUUGGAUUAGCAGUCCAACGCCUUAACCUCUCGGCCACCUCGUCCGCAUGUUACCCUUCAAAAAAUGUCACCUGAACAGGGGUGAUUGCACCCUCCCCAUUAAAUUUAUAUUUUACUUAAGAAUAGCAGCUAAUAUAGUAUGAAAUCUUACAAUAGUACUAAUGUACGAUGAUUGCAAACGAUUUAACAAAUUUUGUAUACAAAUUAAUUCGCUUAAAACAGAUAUUCAUUUUUGUAAAAACCACUUCGAAGGUGAAGCAUUUAAUUAUACCCACUGUUAUGUUUCUUCAAACAUAUUACAAUGUAUCUGACUAUAAGUUAGGGCUGCGAUACAGAAGACAGGAAUGAAAUACUAAAAAAUGCAGUAAUUGCAAUAAAUUUGAAGAACUUAAAAUAUUUUAGACACGUGUAUGUAAAUUAUUUAUGUUAUAUUCGAUGUAUGACUGCAAAGUUGAAAGCAAAUAAUAUGUGUACAAUUUUAAAAAGAAAUGUGUUUUAUUAUUAUCGUACCCUGGACCUUCGAUCAUUUUCAAUUGGGACACUGAGUAUUUUAUUAUAAGAAAUAUUGUUCCUUAGCAACGAAAACAAAAUUUUGUAACAGAACGCAACGUUUAUUCAGUUGAAUCUGGACGUUCAUCCUAGAAGCAUUCAUCUCACCUUCCUUCCCUACCGAAAUAUCAGAAAUUCGCCAAAAUGGUAAUUAUUCCUUGAAUAUUCCUUUAAUUCCUAAUCCCUGCAGUCAAUUGCAAGCUUCGUUGCAAGCGUCAAUUAUAAAUUGUAACGGAAGAAUCUAAAAUUAUGCAAGAAGAUCGAUCAGUGUCGAUCAAGAGAUGAAAUAAGGCUUUAUUAAAUUUUCAAGCGUGAAGUACUGUCUGUCCAUAUCGGCCAAGGCGGCGUACAAAUGGGCAAUGCCUGUUGGGAAUUGUAUUGCCUAGAACAUGGGAUACAACCCGAUGGCAUGCUUCCGCCUUCCUGUUGUACGAACGACGAUGGCUUUCAAACUUUCUUCAGUGAAACAGGCGGCGGAAAAUACGUUCCGCGUGCGGUACUCCUGGAUCUCGAGCCCACAGUCAUAGACGAAGUUCGAACAGGAACUUACCACCAACUGUUUCACCCCGAGCAAUUAAUUUCCGGCAAAGAAGAUGCGGCGAACAACUACGCGCGAGGUCAUUACACGCUGGGAAAAGAAAUAAUCGAAUUGGUGCUCGACAGAAUUCGAAAAAUCGCAGAUCAGUGCUGCGGCCUCCAAGGCUUCCUGAUCUUCCACGCGUUCGGUGGUGGCACCGGUUCAGGGUUCACCAGUCUACUGAUGGAACGACUGUCCAUGGACUACGGCAAGAAGGCUAAGCUGGAAUUCGCGAUUUAUCCUUCACCACAAAUUUCCACCGCGGUGGUGGAACCCUAUAAUGCGAUUUUGACUACGCAUACGACACUGGAACAUUCAGAUUGUGCGUUCCUCGUUGACAACGAGGCGAUUUACGAUAUCUGCAGGAGAAACUUGGACAUCGAAAGGCCGACGUACACCAAUUUAAACAGAUUAAUCGGUCAAAUAGUGUCUUCUAUAACAGCCUCGUUGAGGUUCGACGGAGCGUUGAACGUCGACCUGACGGAGUUCCAGACGAAUCUAGUUCCCUAUCCAAGGAUUCACUUCCCUCUGGUCACAUAUGCACCCAUCGUUUCCAUCGAGAAAGCCUAUCACGAACAACUGACCGUGAUGGAAUUAACGUCAUCCUGCUUCGAACCGGCGAUGCAAAUGGUCAAAUGCAAUCCUCAGAGGGGCAAGUACAUGGCUUGCUGCAUGUUAUACAGAGGCGACGUAGUACCCAAAGAUGUGAACGCGUCGAUUGCUAGCAUCAAGACGAAGAGGGCUAUACAGUUCGUCGAUUGGUGCCCCACCGGAUUUAAAGUGGGUAUCAAUUACCAACCACCGACAGUGGUACCCGGCGGUGACCUUGCCAAAGUGCAACGCGCCAUGGCUAUGCUGGCGAACACAACUGCUAUCGCCGAAGCGUGGACGAGACUGAACAGAAAAUUCGAUCUGAUGUAUGGAAAGAGGGCAUUUGUUCACUGGUUAGUCGUCGGCAAUGAAAAAUAUGAACAGCUUUUAGAAAUUGUUAGAAUUAGAAGAAACCGUGUCUCUAAAAAUAUAGGUACGUGGCGGAGAGUAUGGACGAGAGUGAAUUUAACGAAGCCAGAGAGGAUCUCGCAGCGUUGGAGAAAGAUUACGAAGAAGUUGGUAUGGACUCGACGGACGCAGGCGAGGGUGAAGAUGAAAAUUAACCGAACACCAAUUUCCUGUGACGGUACUCGGCCCCGUCACGGGAACUUUUUAGGGGAACGGACAAAUUCAUCUAUUUUGUACAAAGUAUACAUUGUUUUUGUGAAUUUUGUUUGUACCUGAUCUGUACAUUGUUUUAAUAGGUAGUUUUAAUUUUGUAAUGAUGUAUAUUUGUAUAUCCAUAUUUGUAAACUUUUAUAUUGUAAAUAAAAGUUUACUGUUUUUAAUUCCUGUCUUCCCGGAUUUGAUCGAGGGUUUCAGCGGGGGAACUUUUAUAACGAUUCGACGAUCGAAGGGGGAAUGAGGAUGAAAA